AUGACGAUGUGGCCGCUGCUGCUCCCUCGACAGUGCCGGGAAGAGGCAGGUUGCUGUGUGCUCGGAUACGACGUGCCACAAGGCACACAGGUGGUAGUGAACGCCUGGGCGCUCGGCCGCGACGAGCGGUACUGGCCUGAUUCACCGGAGGAGUUCCGACCGGAGCGAUUUGAGACAUCGGAGGUGGAUUUUAGGGGACCGGACUUCGAGCUUCUGCCAUUCGGCGCUGGGAGGAGGAUGUGCCCUGGCUUAGCGUUUGGGCUUGCUAACGUGGAGCUCGCGCUUGCUAGUCUACUGCUCCACUUCGACUGGGAGACGCCGGGGCUAGAUGAUCCGACAGGGUUUGACAUGACCGAGGCCUUCGGUCUCACUACAAGGCGGAAGAAUGGACUCGUGUUGCGCCCUGUCCUCCGGGUGCCGUUGUCAGGUGUCUAGUUGUAAUUGUCAAAAUAUUUUAUAAUGUAUAAUAAAAAUGUGUAACGUGUAAGAAAAAAAAUAAGACAUCAAAACAUAUAUACAAAAAAAUGUUAAACGUGUAUAAAAAAAUGUUUCUCAUGUUUAAAAAAUAUGCACAUGGUGUAUGAAAAAAUGUUGAUCAGGUGUUUAAACAAAGUUCACCAAAUUGAGAAAAGUUCACAGACUUUGUAAAAGUUCAUGAAUUUGUGAAAAUUACACAAA